GUGACACCUCUCCCCUUCUCCUCCUCCUCGCGUUAGUUCCGGUCGCAGAGGAGACACCGCCGCAGUUGCCGCCACCUCGGGCUUUUCUGGCUCUCUUCUCUUCGCCUUAAAUUCGGGUGUCUUUUAUGAAUAAUCAAAAGCAGCAAAAGCCAACGCUAUCAGGCCAGCGUUUUAAAACCAGAAAAAGAGAUGAAAAAGAGAGGUUUGACCCUACUCAGUUUCAAGACUGUAUUAUUCAAGGCUUAACUGAGACUGGUACUGAUUUGGAAGCAGUAGCAAAGUUUCUUGAUGCUUCUGGAGCAAAACUUGAUUACCGCCGAUAUGCAGAAACACUCUUUGACAUUCUGGUGGCCGGCGGAAUGCUGGCCCCAGGUGGUACACUGGCAGAUGACAUGAUGCGUACAGAUGUCUGUGUGUUCGCAGCACAGGAGGACCUAGAGACCAUGCAAGCAUUUGCUCAGGUUUUUAACAAGUUAAUCAGGCGCUACAAAUACCUGGAGAAAGGGUUUGAAGAUGAAGUUAAAAAGCUGCUGCUGUUCUUAAAAGGUUUUUCAGAGUCGGAGAGGAACAAGCUGGCUAUGUUGACUGGUGUACUUCUGGCUAAUGGAACACUUAAUGCAUCCAUUCUUAAUAGCCUUUAUAAUGAGAAUUUGGUCAAAGAAGGGGUUUCAGCAGCUUUUGCUGUGAAGCUCUUUAAAUCCUGGAUAAAUGAAAAAGACAUCAAUGCAGUAGCUGCAAGUCUGCGGAAAGUCAGCAUGGAUAACAGACUGAUGGAACUUUUUCCUGCCAAUAAACAAAGCGUGGAACACUUCACAAAGUAUUUUACUGAGGCAGGCUUGAAAGAGCUUUCAGAAUAUGUUCGGAAUCAGCAAACCAUAGGAGCUCGUAAGGAACUCCAAAAAGAACUGCAGGAACAGAUGUCCCGUGGUGAUCCAUUUAAGGAUAUAAUUUUGUAUGUCAAGGAGGAGAUGAAAAAAAACAACAUCCCAGAACCUGUUGUCAUCGGAAUAGUCUGGUCCAGUGUAAUGAGCACAGUGGAAUGGAACAAAAAAGAGGAGCUUGUAGCAGAGCAAGCCAUCAAGCACUUGAAGCAAUACAGCCCUCUACUUGCUGCCUUUACUACUCAAGGUCAGUCUGAGCUAACUCUGUUACUGAAGAUUCAGGAGUACUGCUAUGACAACAUUCAUUUCAUGAAAGCCUUCCAGAAAAUAGUGGUGCUCUUUUAUAAAGCUGAAGUCCUGAGUGAAGAGCCCAUUCUGAAGUGGUAUAAAGAUGCACAUGUUGCAAAGGGGAAAAGUGUCUUCCUUGAGCAAAUGAAAAAGUUUGUAGAGUGGCUCAAAAAUGCUGAAGAAGAAUCUGAGUCUGAAGCUGAAGAAGGUGACUGAAUUUUGAAACUACACCCUCAGUAAAGCAAACAGGAGUUGUAGAUAAAAUGUCAUGUCUCAUGUGUCCUGGUUCUUACAUCUUCCUACCUCCCUAUAUCAAGCAUGAUAUAAGGGCUUUCAUGGCAAAUUUUAUUUUAACUGUUUCUAUGGUUACUGGAAAUGUUGGGUUUAGUUUCUAAAACCAUGUUUUAAGUAGCUACAGGAGCUAUAGAUUUGAAUCUAAUGUUGCAUUAGUCUUUUCAGUUAUCUUCUACCUCCUGUAUUUUCUACUGUAAUAAUGUAAUUUAAGGCCUUCCACAAUGAACAGUUCACUUUAUUCCCUGGGUUUUCUAUAUAAAUAGUUUUCAAGAUAUGAUUUGGUUAAAAAUAAUUUGUUAUAAAAAUUCUGUUUGCAAAUUAAACUGUAAAAGUAUCCAAAGUCUCAAAAACCAAUGAUUUGUGUGAUAAUUUGGUAUGCCCAGAACCCUGCUCAUCAAUGAAAAAUCUCAUAUACAGUAAUUGAAUUCAUUAACGUGAAUCUUGAAUAUUUGGACCAUUGCUUGCAUGUUAAUAUUUUGUUGCAUUUUUAGCCCCAGAUGUCCUUGAGCUCAAUUGUUUGCUCUCUGAUUUUCAUUCCUUAGUGAAGCCGUGGAGAACAAGCUUGAAAGUAGGUCUUUGGGAAAUUGUAUGUGGCAGAGGUGGUGGGAAAAAGAAAGUUGAGCUUUUUCCCAUUGAGAAACUUCUGCAUUCAGUUUGAAUCUUUCUAGGCAAAACAAAUGGGUAUUCUUUUCAUAUAACCGUUUCAAAUGUACAUUAGGAAAGUCUUGUCAUUUAAAGUAUUUUACACUUGUCAUACACUUAGACUGAUAGGAAAGGAUUCACGAAAUAGUGUGAGUAAAGGAAAUGACUGUACUAAACCCAGUAAAUUGUUGAGAAAGUAAAGUGGUCGGCAUGUUCUAAUUGGGACUCUAAAUAUAACUCAUACUUCCUAUUGGCAUGGAGUAUUUGUUGUAAAGAAUGAAGUGCAACGAUAAUGAUAUAUUCCCACUUGGUCAUACUGGACCAGCUUCAUUCUCUUAACACAUUCACUUAGAACACAAGCAUCUGGCUGCUAACAUAAACCUAGUUGCCCUUUUUUUAAAUUGCCAUGAGCCAAAUAUCUCUUCUAUACGGUUGGCCCAUUUAUUUUAAUGGCUGCCUUUUCAUUUCUAUCUUUCUUUUCUUGCUGCUACCCAUCGUAUAGACGUAGUCAUUAGAAAACGAAAUGUGGCCACACUUUUUGGUGGAAAGACUUCAUGUUAAAAGUGAACAUUUUGAAAGUUUCUUUGAUGAGUGAAAGAAAUUAGCUUGGAAUAAUGCCACUGAAGACUGAGUGGAAAUUGCCCGUUUCAAAGGUGCCAUUCUUGUGAGCGAAGAAAUUGGUGUUUAAAAAUUCAUCUUGUGGGAAUGAUGUGUAAUAUAAUUUGAAAUAAAGGUAUAGUAUCCUUAUGAAGAAGAGCAUUAUAACUGAUAUCAUUGUGAAUGGGGUGAAAUUGUUAAAUGAAUAACUUUUGAUAAAGUUUUCAUGCACAGACAAAAUGUAUUCACUAGGUUUCUACAUAGUGAUCUGCUUUUACUUUGUAAUUUGUAGUCCUCAAAAGACUUUGUUUAAAAAAUAAAGUCCAUCCUUAGGUUA